AUGGAUUUAAAGUCAUCCUCGAGUUCUUUGGAGUCUCCGUCGUAUAGUUCUAGCUCAAAGAACACCAUGCUCGAUCUUAAGCUUUCGAGCUUUAGCCAAGAUAUGGUAUCAACCCAACAUGCUAAUGGUGACGUGGCCAAGGAAUUAUCAUCCGAUCACCAAAAACGUAUUAAGCCUCGUAUUAGAGAUUUUACGUGCAAGUAUUGUCCAGGGAGGUUUUCGACUUCUCAAGCUCUAGGCGGCCAUCAAAAUGCUCAUAAACAAGAGAGGGCUCGCGAUAAGAUGAGACAAGCCACGGGGUUCUCACCUUAUUCGAAUACCAAUAACACGUACCAACCUUAUUUUGGUAUGUACAAUAACUUACCAUACGGUGGAUAUUGCAAAAGAUCACCCCUUGGUGUAGUCAAAACGAAUUCCAUGGUUCAUAAGCCGGGUUCGGGUUAUCGUAUGCCAAUGUAUCAAGGUUAUAGACACGGGUAUGGUAGCACAAACCAGCCUAAAACAUCAUUGCUAGGAAAUUCUCAACUAUCAUCAUAUGAUAAUUUGAGAGUGUCAAAUAAUAAUAUUACGAAUAAUUAUUCUCCAUUCAAUAACUUGAAUAAUCUUUCGAAAUCAUUGCCUACUCUUGUUGAAGGAGGUUCAGCUCAAAUCCUACGUGGCGUAGACGAAAAUGUGAUCGUUGAGAGUGAUAAUUCUGAGAAAGGAGAGCUUCGUAUUGAUGGUGGUAAAUUAGAUCAAGUGAAGCCAGAGAAGUCAGGCCUUGAUUUGUCCCUUAGGCUAUAA